AUGCAGCAGGAAACUCACGAUUUCCUGACACUCGGCAAGCUGAAGGAAGCGAGGGGGGGAAACUCCGUUUAAAAGCCCUUCUCUCCUCCAUAUUAGCUGUGUGGUGGAAAACCGGGGAAGAGUUAUCCAAAUCCCACCGUGUUAUCAGCCAAGCUGGGCAUGGGGAGGGUAGAGUGAGACUCUCACGGGCUGCUGAGAUUUCUAGACUGCCAGGAAGUCCCGGGAAGUCUGUGGAAAUGAGAGUUUCUUAACUCAGGCUCUACUCCAACUCCACUUCUCCAAGGGACAGACCCUUUUCAUCCCUCCUCCCAAGAGUGCCUUUCUUCUCCAGCAUGGUGAGCGGCGGGGCUCGUGUGUGUCUGGGCUGUGCCUGGGAGAGCCGGGCCAGCCACAGUCAGGCCGCCUGAGCUCCAGCCUGGGGCCGGUGCCCCCGCUCCAUGCACUGCAGAAGCCCCAGCAGCUGCUGCGGGAGCCGCCGGCGACAUGAGCUGCAGAGAGGGGACUGACAGCAGCUGUGGCUGCAAUGGGCAAGAGGAGAACAGGAUCCUGAAGUGCGUGGUGGUCGGGGACGGCGCGGUGGGGAAGACCUGCCUGCUGAUGAGCUAUGCCAACGACGCCUUCCCGGAGGAAUACGUGCCCACUGUGUUUGACCACUACGCAGUUACCGUGUCAGUGGGAGGCAAGCAGCACCUGCUUGGACUGUACGACACCGCAGGACAGGAGGAUUACAACCAGCUGCGGCCACUCUCUUACCCCAACACCGAUGUGUUUCUCAUCUGCUUCUCUGUCGUAAACCCUGCCUCUUACCACAACGUUCAAGAGGAAUGGGUCCCAGAACUGAAGGACUGCAUGCCUCAUGUGCCUUAUGUGCUCAUUGGGACCCAGAUUGAUCUCCGAGAUGACCCCAAAACCUUGGCACGCCUACUGUACAUGAAGGAGAAGCCCCUCACCUAUGAGCACGGUGUGAAGCUGGCGAAAGCGAUUGGAGCGCAGUGCUACUUGGAAUGUUCUGCCCUGACUCAGAAGGGUCUCAAAGCAGUUUUUGAUGAAGCCAUCCUCACCAUUUUCCACCCCAAGAAAAAAAAGAAAGGAUGCUUACAGUGCCACGGCUGCUGUGCAAUUAUCUGAGGUUGCCUGAGACCCAUCUCCCCGCCAUGCAAGAAUAUGGAGGGCAGCCGGUCUCUGUGACCUAACUCUAGCCAAAUAGGAGGGCGUGACCAGAAAGGAAUUCCUGUAUCCCAAGGCCUGGCCCGUGCCCUGCCAGCUUCCCAGCUCAGUAUCCUAUAAGCCACUGCCACAGCCCCAAGCCAGCCAACUGCGCAUGGAGAAUGCAGAGCCACAUUCAGACCGUAUGCUGGGGAGGUGUUGGAAGCCGAGUCACGAUGCAUCCGGUAUUCCACAUCUUCCCUCCCACAGUUAUGAACCAACCGGAAGUCAUGACGGGAAAACCAAGUUCUCUGCCCUGCUCUGAUGGCCUUAGUUCAUGUCUUCAGCAAACUUGGGAAUACAACGCCAGCAUUUUCGUUUCUGAGUCCGUUCUUUUACCCAAGCACCUUAACGUCCAUUUCUAUUGCAGUUUCCCAGUGUCCGAUCACUUGAGCCUUACAAAUCCACAUCAAAAUAAUUGAAAGGCAAGCUGGAUUGUGUUCACACCAACUGACAGUGGAUCUCUGCCAAUGUUCUUCGAGCUGUCGUGUACCUCUGAAUGACUAAUUACAAAAAGAAAAAUUUACAACUUUUAUAAACUUACAGAUCUAUAAUGCUUUUAACCUUUUUAUAAGAAAACAUCCUGUGAAUUAUUACAGCUCCCCAAGUUUGGCCAAAGAUCAUCCUACAAAUGCUUCAGGUGAUAGGGGGUCUGCUCUUACAAAAUCCUGCUGUUUUUCAAACUGAAAAUGGACUGUCUUGGAAGAAACCGUUUUCUACUUCUCACCUAAAUGGGUCAGGACAAUCAUAGAGCAAGCCAUCUUCCCAAUCCAGCCAAGCCGACCUGACCUACUCACACAAUGUCUUCUCCCUCUUUCUGUUCACAUUUUCUCCUGUGCCCAGAUCCACGUGUUCCCCAGUCAUAGCCUGACCAAGAAGAAAGAGGAAAGAAAAGAAAAGGUGAUUUAUGGACACUAGACCAAAAAAAAAGAAGAAGAAGAAGAAGAAGAAGAAGAAGAAGAAGAAGAAGAAGAAGAAGAAGAAGAAGAAGAAGGUUCAGACUCCUUCAGGGUCAAAGUGCCUCAAUUAACUUCUCUACUUGCUUUAGGUGAAAGCGCUACUCAGCUUGGCUCCAUAUGAGCUUCCAUUAAGGAUGGUUUGAUGUCAUUGCCCCUCUCUCUUUCCUUAACGCCUUCUCCCAAAUGUCCAUGGAGGAUGGGCUUAAGUGGUGAAACUUAUUCUCCAUGAACAUUUGGGAGAAGGCAUUGGGCCCUGAGCAGGAAAAGCCCCCAGUCAGGAAUUCCACACCUGACAGGACAGUUCCUAACAGCCAGGGACUCUGCGUGUUUUACUUAGAGGCUGUGAUAGCCCCUGGUUAGCCUUAUUUGCUUACAAAUGCCCUGGAAUUACCCAGGGAAGCUGAUUUACUUUUUUUUUUUUUUUUUUUUUUUUACUUUAUUCCAUCAGUAAAUCAUAUCUUAGCAAAAAGAAAUUAUUUCACUUUUUCUAGAUUGAAGCUCCCUCUUUUGGGAAAGAAAAUCUCAAUCUUUCUAGUCUUUCCUGCUCUUAGAAGAACCACAGAGGAAAACUGUACUGUAUGGGUCUUAAGUCCUUCCAUGACACCCCUUCAGUCUUUGUGGGGUUUGGUUGUUUGUCUGUUGUUUAGAAUUUCUCAAAUAUAUUUUUGCUUCUUCUACAUGUUAGUACUGUUUUUCUUCUCUCCCAUGUAUUGGCUAAAAAUUUUCUGAAGCACACAUACAUAUGCAUGCACAAACAUAUAUGCACCCAUGCACAUGCUCUCUCUCUCUCUCUCUCUCUCUCUCUCUCUCUCUCUCUCUCUCUCUUUCUCUCUCUCUCUCUUUUUCUCUCUCUAAAAAAAACUGAAGUUCUGUAAGCUAAAUAUUGACAUUUAGAAAAACAAGAAUGGACUGUCUGUCUUCAUACAUGGAAAUCAAAUAUGCAUGAGCCAUAAUGCUGUAGGGUACCAUUCAUUCUUUAUACACAGUGAUGGGUACCUGGUCCUAUAACAAUGUUAGUGCUAUGAGCCAGUUUUCUACAAUAUGGCAUGGGUACAUCAUGCUAGGAGGCUGUUCCUCACUUCUUAUUGUUCUGGAGGAAAACCUGAAAGCAUACAUUGACUCCACCAAGGAGAAAUUGUCAAAUGUAUGCAGUCAAGAGGCAGCUCACUCCCCAUGCCGCCAUCCCCAUAAUGGACCCAUGAGAUCUCUAUAACAGGACCUGAUGUGUUUCACAAAAUUUUCUUUCUGCCCCAAGAGUGACUAACAACUGUUGUGAGAACUAAAUACAAAGAGCCAGAGAAAUCAAAAGUAAGAGUGGCUAAUAGUCUCCAAAGUCAGCAAAUGGCAGCUGAUAUCCAUGUGGGACCAGAAAAGGCCUCAGAGCCUGUGUGUGGCACAAGGCCUCAAUGUGCAGAGGAGACACUGAGGAGCAGUGUGCUAUGCAGAGCUGAGCUAGUCCUGGCACCUGCUUCUCACCCAGGCCCCCUGCUAAGCCAGGCACAGCAGCUCAUGUCUGUGAUCCCUGCACUUAAGAAGCAAAGGCACAAGGAUUUCAGUCAACUUAUAGCCAGCAUGGUCUAUGGGGCAAAUUCCCAUCCAGCCAAGCUACAUAGGGAGGCCCUGUCUAUACACACACACACACACACACACACACACACACACACACACAUACAUACAUACAUGCAUACAUUCAAAAUCUAGAAUGUGAAUCCAACAAAAAAAUUUAUUAUUUGAGGCUCAGUUCCUAUGAGCAACAAACCGUAGGAUAUAUAGCAUACUCUAGAAGAAUUAUCUGAAUUGAAGCAAAUCUCUCAAAAUAGCACAUAAUAGAGGUUUGGCUAGUGAUGCAAGCCUAUAAUCCCAGCAGUAGGAAGGCUGGGGCAGGAGAAUCAUGAAUUCAAGUCUAGCCUGGGCUACACAGUAACACUGGGCCUCAAAAAGAACACACAGAAGCCAUGUGACAUUCGCCAAACAAACAUUCCCGAGGGCAAGGGAUGAAACUUCAAGUUGAGGUUUUAUUUCAAUAGACAGAUCUGAUGUUGUGCUGGACACGUGUUGUUCUGAAAUCCAUCCUUGUUCACAUGCCUGGCUAGGAAGUGUGCACAAUUUAGAGAGAGCUACAGACGACCAGCUGUUCUCUAGGUGAUUACCAACUUCAUUGACAAGCCUUCCCAAGUAUUUGUAGUCCCCGGAACAGUUAUGUUUUCUGGGGACAUUAGAAACAAGAAAGGAAAAAGAGGUCAGGAGAACCAAGUUGCUUACAAAGGAAGGCAGGCACUUUGAGAGAAGAGACAUUUAGAUAACAAGGGGGAAGUUAAAACUAAACCCAGGGCAGGCAACAGGCUGGCUCACGCUGGGAGAGCCAGCUUCUGCCGGGUGUCAGGAGUCCAAGGGAAGACAGGACCAAGAAUGCCAAGAGCAUUCCAUAGGCAGUCGGGCCAAACCCUAUGGUAACACUAGGAAUUCUGCUCUAAAUGAAGGUCACUGGGUGCUCUUUGCAGUUUUAACAGCAUGGUGGGGUGGAAACCUUCCACCUCCUCUGACUGUGCAGAGGGAAGUCAAGGGAAACGUAAAGGAUAGGCAGUCGGGCCAAACCCUAUGGUAACACUAGGAAUUCUGCUCUAAAUGAAGGUCACUGGGUGCUCUUUGCAGUUUUAACAGCAUGGUGGGGUGGAAACCUUCCAUCUCCUCUGACUGUGCAGAGGGAAGUCAAGGGAAACGUAAAGGCCGACUCUGGAAUGUGUGUGCUCAGGCAUGCAGGCCAUACUGCUGAUACUGUUCACGUUCAUAAAGACCUCCCUAAAUGCAAAGACUGUCUUUCAUGCUACAGAUGCUACAAGUGCAGCCAUGUAAGACAAUUCAUAUAAGACAGUACAAUUCAAGGUGCUUCUGUGGUCAGUAAUAAACAGAAAAGUAUUUCGAACACCAAGCUCUCUGCUCGGCCACCAGGGGCUAGGCCCAGCUCUCUGGGGAUCAGGGGGUCGGGGAGGAGUGAGCCAGGGUCUGGCUCAUGUGUGAAAGGGUGGCAUGUAAGUUCAACAGCAGCCCUUAGCCUUGAAGCCCCAUCCCAAGAAUUAGAAUAAAAGCUACACACUGCAUUUCAGUUGCCACCUAUGUUCUACUCCUAAGGAGCUACAGAGUUGACAAGGGUUGCUUUGAUGUUUGUAUGUUACAAACAUGUUCUACCCUUUUGUAUAAGUCCAGUGGUGGCCUAGAACCUUCAUAACACUAAAGCCAUAGCAAUGUGAGGUCUUAAGCAACGAACCCUAAGGCUUCCACCUGUCUCUGCUGAAUAGGACAUGCUUAGUGUUACAGAGGACGUGGUAUCUGCUGCCCUAUGAAGAAAGGGAACCUUGACUAGCAGAUCCAGCCUUUUGGUGGCCUCCGCAGGUCAGUGUUUUUGAGUUUGUUAUAGCUUUGGAGGGAAAACAGAAACACUUACUGAAUACAGCAAUAUGUUUUGGGCAGUUAAUAGAUAUGCAUCUAAAAAUCACCUUUGCCUGUCAUGUUUGAACAUUCGUUAAGCAAACAGAGUAUUUUCUCCUCAAAAGAAAUGUUGAGGAAUUCACCUGGUAGAAUUGCCUUUGCUGCAAGUAAACAGCAGGCACAUAUAAUACACACAGGGAUGCUACCCAGCUGCAAUGAGCUACUCCCCUCAUCCCCUGUGUAAGAUGCACAGAGUCAAGGGACUUCCAGCCAACUUGCUCAUAGGCUGGUGUCCCUACACUCUCUUACAUAAUGGCUCUUCUCUGUGCCUGUCUCAUAAUAAAUGGAAUAUUACUUCAUGUACUCUAGCAUCACUUUUAUUUAUAUUGUUAUUUGUAUCACAUUUUUGACUGUUAUGUCAUUAAAUGGUCUUUUGCCCCCCCACGGGGUCAUCUGGGAUUUCACACAAA